CCGGCAAAACUAUUGUAUUGAUUCUAACCUGUAUUCUUUUGUCCUGACAAAAUUACUGAGAGUAUUUUUUUCCCGGGACUGAAAAUUUAUAAACAACGAUUUUUACGUAAAAGUUUUUUUGCCUUUUCAAAAUUGACAGUACAUUCAUCCCCGAGUUACUUGUUGUUAAGUUAAAGUACUGCUGCAUUCAGGGCGGUUCCACCAAUAAGCUUGCAGCCGGAUUUUUUUAUUAUGAUCCACCGAAAUUAAUCAAUACCGCUGUCGCCGAUUCGCGAAAAUUGUAUUCUGGCCACAUUUAGAACGCCAGUAACCCUUCCGUGAUACAUAGGAAGAGCACUUCUAAUCUGAAAUGGCUUCCAGUGAUAUCAAGGUAGAAAAAAAUCCUGAUUCAGGCAGUGAUUUUGAUGAUGAUGAUGAUCCAGAUAAAAUUGAAGUCCCAGGCGGCGGAAAAGAUUUAGCAACAGCAGCAAACAUAAAAUCAUCUUUUAAGGAUGAAAAACCAUCUAGUACUAGUAUUAAUACUAAUAAUUUAAGCAAGCCAUUGGAAUCUACAUAUAAAGUGAAUUCUAACAAUAUGGGUUAUUCAAAAGUAAUGGGUGGUAUGUCAAACAAUUGGAUGGGUUCAAUGAUGAAUAAUCCUUUUGUAAAUAUGGCGCAAGGAACUUCUAAUAUGAUGUUUGCACAAAACAUGCCUUAUCCAGGAAUGAUUCCUCCAAGUAUAAAUCCAAAUCAGUUUUUACAAGGCAUGGGAGGAGGUGGAGGAAUGAUGGACGCAAAUGCAGCAACUAAUUUUUUAUAUCAGCUUAUUAGUAGUGGUGGUAGUAAUGCUGCUAUGAUUUCUCAACUACUGAAUUCUGGAAAUCCAGCUGCUAAUUUAUUUUUACAAAAUUUAUUGCAACAGCCAACAUUCCCACAGCAAGGAUUUCCUAUGAAUCCUAAAAAUUUAAAUCCAUAUUGGUAUAAUCAGUCAGUGAAUAACAAAAUGGCUAAUAAUCGUACUACAGAAGAAGAAGAAGACAAUGAAGAUGAUGAUAUGGGAGUUGCUGAAACGUAUGCAGAUUAUAUGCCAGCUAAAUUGAAGCUUGGUAAAAAACAUCCAGAUCCUGUUGUAGAAACUGCAUCUCUCUCAAGUGUAGAACCAGCUGAUGUUAAAUAUGAAUUAUCUAUACCUAUGGAUACUAUUAAUUCAGGAUCACUUUCUGCUCUUCAGUUGGAAGCUAUUACUUAUACUUGUCAACAACAUGAACACAUUUUACCAGAUGGCUCACGAGCCGGUUUUCUUAUUGGUGAUGGUGCUGGUGUAGGUAAAGGACGAACAAUUGCAGGAUUAAUAUAUGAAAACUUUUUGAAAGGACGUAAAAAAGCCAUUUGGGUUUCCGUAUCAAAUGAUUUGAAAUAUGAUGCUGAACGAGAUUUAGAAGAUAUUGGAACAAAAAAUAUCAAAGUUUACUCUUUAAAUAAGUUCAAAUAUGCCAAAAUCAAUAGUCCAACCAAUGGAAAUGUUUCUAAAGGUGUGAUAUUCUCUACAUACUCGGCUCUUAUUGGUGAGUCAAGUGGCGGAGGAAAAUACAAAAGUCGUUUGAAACAAAUAUUAAAUUGGUGUGGUGAUCAUUUUGAUGGAGUUAUUGUUUUUGAUGAAUGUCAUAGAGCUAAAAAUUUAUGCCCUGUUGGAUCAACAAAACCAACUAAAACUGGUUUAACAGUUUUAGAACUUCAAAAUAAGUUACCAAAAGCAAGAGUUGUUUAUGCAUCAGCUACUGGUGCCUCAGAACCACGAAAUAUGGCUUAUAUGGUUCGACUUGGCAUGUGGGGACAAGGAACAACAUUUCCUGAAUUUCUUGAUUUUAUUAAUGCAGUUGAAAAACGCGGUGUUGGUGCUAUGGAAAUCGUAGCAAUGGAUAUGAAACUUAGAGGAAUGUAUAUUGCAAGACAACUGAGUUUUCAUGGUGUUACCUUUAAAAUUGAAGAAGUUCCUUUGUCACCAGAAUUCACAAAUGUUUAUGACAGUGCAGUGAAACUGUGGGUUGACGCAAUGCAUAUGUUUCAAGAAGCAGCUGAACUAAUUGAUGCAGAAAAUCGCAUGAGAAAAACUAUGUGGGGACAAUUUUGGUCUUCUCAUCAAAGGUUUUUUAAGUAUUUAUGUAUUGCUGCUAAAGUGAAGCAUGCAGUUGAAGUAGCAAGAGAAGCAAUAAAACAUGGAAAAUGUGUUAUAAUUGGCUUACAAUCUACUGGAGAAGCGCGUACACUUGAACAGCUUGAAAAAGAUGAUGGCGAAUUAACUGAUUUUGUUUCUACAGCAAAGGGUGUUUUACAAUCAUUAGUUGAGAAACAUUUUCCUGCGCCUGAUCGCAGUCGAAUAAAAAAAUUACUGGGAAGUGUAGGUAUUGAGUUAAAACAAUCAAAACCACAGAAUGGUGAUUCUUUAGGACCCAGCAGCUCGAAAGGCAUCGGUGAAAAAAGAAAAUCAGGUCGUCAAGCUAACUCUAGACCUAACAAAAGAACUAAAGAAUCUAGUGAAUCGGAAUCAAAAUCAGAUAAUGACGAUUCAGAUUUUAAGAUGGAAUCAGAGUCUGAAUCAGAAAUUAGUGAAGAACAUAGUGAAGAUUCUGAGGCCAGUAGUGAUUUUAAUCCAUUCAAUGAAGAUGAGUCUGAUAGUGAUGAACCUUGGGUUGGUGCUGGUAGAGCAAAAAAACGUAAAAUUAAAACCCCUGCACAGAAAAAACCAACAACAAAAGAUAAAAUUCAUCAAAUAGUUCUUAAAUCGAGUAUGUCUAAUAAUAGUCAACAUAAAGAUGCAAUUGAUCGCGCGUGUAGUAUGAAAGAAGAAUUAAUUGAAAGGAUUGAGAGACUAGGUGAUAAAUUACCACCAAAUACCCUUGAUCAGCUGAUUGAUGAAUUAGGUGGACCAGAAAAUGUUGCUGAAAUGACAGGAAGAAAAGGUAGAGUUGUACAAACUGAUGGAGGAAUUCAAUAUGAGUCAAGAUCUGAAGCAGAUGCACCUUUAGAAACUCUAAAUGUUAUAGAAAAGCAAAGGUUUAUGGAUGGAGAAAAAGAUGUAGCUAUUAUAUCUGAAGCUGCAAGUUCUGGUAUAUCAUUACAAAGUGAUCGAAGAGCUCGCAAUCAACGACGAAGAGUUCAUAUUACUUUAGAACUUCCCUGGAGUGCAGAUCGAGCUAUUCAACAAUUUGGGCGUUCACAUCGGUCUAAUCAAGUUAAUGCACCAGAAUAUAUUUUCCUUAUAUCAGAUUUAGCUGGCGAACGACGUUUUGCAUCCAUUGUAGCUAAAAGAUUAGAAAGUUUGGGAGCUCUAACUCAUGGUGACAGAAGAGCUACAGAAACACGUGAUUUAUCUAAAUUUAAUAUUGAUAACAAGUAUGGUCGCGCUGCUUUAGAAACAACCAUGAAAACUAUUAUUGGCUAUGAAAGUCCCAUUGUACCGCCUCCUAGUGAUUAUAAAGGAAAUUUCUUUGAAGAUGUUGGUGGUGCACUUGUUGGUGUUGGUUUAAUAAUCAACAAUGAAACCAGCCCCGGAAACUUAACCUUAGAUAAAGAUUACAAUAAUAUAAGCAAGUUCCUAAAUCGAAUAUUGGGUAUGCCUGUUGAACUUCAAAAUAGACUGUUUAAAUAUUUUACUGAUGUUUUGCAUCAUAUCAUCACACAAGCUAAAAAAUCUGGUCGUUUUGAUCUUGGAAUUUUAGAUCUGGGGACGGCUGGAGAGAAUGUUAAAAGAGUAAAAUUAUAUUCAUUUCUUCGUAAACAUGCCACUGGUCAAGCCACAACUGAACUUCAUAUUGUUCAUGUAGAAAGAGGUAUGAGUUGGGAUGAAGCCGUGGAAAGAUCUACUGAGGCAAAAGGAAGCAAUGAAGGAUUUUAUCUGUCACAUCAAAUCAGAAACAACAAAAGCACUGCAGUACUUGCAAUAAUGGCCGAUAACAAUUCUAACAAGAAAUCUGAAAAUACUAAAACUCUUAAAAAAGAUAUUAUGUUUAUGCUAUUCCGCCCAAAUACUGGAUUACAAUUGAGACAAGAAUCGUUAAGUGAACUAGAAAAAAAAUACUAUAAAGUAGGAACUGAUAAAGCAGAAAAACAUUGGAAAGAACAGUAUGAAUCUUCAGAAAAUGUUUGCUCGCAUGCUUAUUGGCGUGGUAAUUGUAAACUUGUGACUGUUGGUCAGGACUGUGAAGUAGGUUUAAGACGUAGGACCUAUAAUGUUCUUUCUGGGUCAGUUUUAAGUGUUUGGAGUCGAAUAGAAAAUGUUCUUUUAGCUCGCACAGGCUCUCAUCAUAAAAUGCAAGUAGUAAGAUUAAAGACUGCAGAAGGUGUCAAGAUAGUCGGUACAUUAAUACCAAAAUCAUGUGUUGAAGCACUCAAACAAGACUUAAGUUCUGAUGCUGAAAAAACUGAAGAAAUAAUUACAUAAAUUAAUUAAAGAAGUUGUGCUUUUAUGUCUAAUUUUACAGUUAAUAUACUUUAACAUAUGUGAAAUUAACAUGGUCAAAAUCAAGGAUGAAUAACAUUCCUUUACCAUAUUAAUUUUGAAAUUUUUAGAUUUCUUUUAAAUGAUAUUUUUGAUUUUGUACAUCUUUGUAUAUCAUAUUUCUAAGUUGACUAUUUAUGAAAAAGUUGACCUGAGAAAAUUUUAUUUAUAUAACUUGUAUUUAUAAUUAUUAUAACUAAAAAACUUGGUCAUCCUUUUUGGAAUUAUAUUUCCUAUUGUUUAUGUAUAUGUGUAUAUAUAUAUAUAUGUAAACAUAAAAUUUUGUUCCCUGUAUAUGUGAUUAUGUUUCUACUAAGUUUAUUAUUUAUUUUACUUUUGUAGUCUAUUUUCUUUAACCUAGUCUUUUUUUGUAUCUUUAUUUCUUAGCGCAAUAAUAUUCUACUUAAAGGAUUCUGACUAAAAACCAUUUAAUUUUCUGUAAAAAUAUAAGUAGAUGUUUUAAUUGUACAAAUUUGAACAAAAUUUUAUUUGAGUUGGUUUUCAUUUUUAUUGAUAUACUAUGAAAAAAAAAUUCACCUAUUUUUCUAUAGUGUGCUGAAUGAAUUGAUGUUCUAUUGAUUUAUAAUAUAAAUAAGUGUAUUCAUAUUAUUAACACAAAAAGAAAUUUAUUGUUUUAAUUAUAAGAAUACUUAGUUUAUAA